AUUUCAGGUGCCAAGUGGUUUGCGCAUGCUCAGCGGAAUUUCAAACGUCUUUUUUUACGUUUCUGUGUGGUUGGAUGUAUUUUUGAAACCGCUCAUGGUGUUUAUGCAUAUAUUCAUUUGAAUUUUUUUCAAACGGAUAACAAUAACUCCGUUCCUAAAAAUAUCUGGAACCGUGUGGAUGUGGACUAGGUCUAAAGGCAAGUGAUGGGCAAUUCUUUACGCAGGGUUGAUAAAUUGAAAGUAAAAAUGUUACCAACAAUAAUUGCACCGAAAUGUCCAGUGCUCGUGGAUCAAAGGAUUCAGAUGAAAGUGAAAAAUUUGAAACCAUUUCAAAGUGUAACCUUGCGAGUUGAGCUCAAUUCUGACAAAUCGGAGCUUUUUGAAUCAUAUGGACACUACAUCGCAGACAAAGAUGGUGAGCUGAAUUUGUCACGAGAUUCUUCUUUUGGAGGUACCUACAAAGGCAUUGACAACAUGGGUUUAUUUUGGAGCAUGUUAGCAGUACCAGGCCAACGAAAAGGGGCCAGGUUUAUUGCAGGAGAUGUUACUAAACCGAUGGAAUUUAGGGUUUUCUUGUUUGACAGGCACGUUAUGUCUCAAGGGAAUGCAGAUAACCCGAAGCAAGCGGUGGAAAAGCUUCCUGAGGCUCUAGCAGAAGCGAAAAUUUUACGAACAUAUCUGGCUGGUCAUGUGGAACGCAAGGAGAUAAGUGUUGGCCGCAUAAGGGGGACAUUGUUUGUUCCAAAAGGAAGCAGAAAAUUACCAGGUGUCAUUGACAUGUUUGGUUCUCAUGGGGAUCUGAUUGAGUCUAGGGCAGCCAUUUUGGCAUCUCAUGGAUUUGUCACGUUUGCAUUGGCCUAUUUUGGAUACAAAGAUCUGCCUAAAAGCCCAAACAACUUUGAUUUGGAGUAUUUCAUCGAAGCUGUUAAGUGGUUUGCAAGUCAUGACAGGGUUAAUUCAUCUGGCAUUGGAUAUAUAGGUGUUUCAACUGGCGGUCAGAUUGCUUUGCAGAUUGGUGCAGAAUGUCCCUUGGUGAGGGCAGUUGUUGCUAUUUCUACAUCUGACAUUAUGGUAAUUCCACUUAGGUAUAAGGGGGAAAUUAGGGGCCUUGUUGGGGGAUUCAAACCGGAGCAUUGCCAUAUGAAUGAAAAGAAUGAAGUUGUUUCUAUCGACUUCAACUCUGUCGAACUUCGCAAUAUCGAGAUUCCAGUCGAAAAAGUCGAAGGGAAGAUCAUGCUGGUCACAGUUGAUGAUGACAUGUGUCCUAAUUCGUCAGACUGUGCAAGAAGAAUGCAGAGGGGGCUAAAUGAACAUGGGAGAGAGUCUGCAACUAUUCUUCAUUAUCCAGGCACCGGGCAUUUAAUCGAAGUUCCUUUUAUGCCAAUGUGUCGUAUUGCUUACUAUGCAUAUCAUAAAGUUUAUAUUUUAUGGGGAGGGAAUGUAAUUGAGCAUUCUGCGGCACAGGAGCAUGCAUGGAAAGCUAUCAGAAGAUUUCUCUUGGAAAAUGUAUGAGAUUCAUCUUCUGAAUUACAAUCGUAUCAAUAAAACAGGAAAAGUACAACUUGGGAAAGAAAAAUUUAAUUACCUACAGUCACUAGCUUCAAGAAAGACAUCUUAAAGAAAACAAAUGAUCGCGUUUUUUGAUAUUUCCUCCUCUGGUGUAUUUUCCCGUUAUUACUGUGACAGACCAAUACUUUUCUUUUUGUGUGGAAUGACUGAGUUUCGGAGUAUGGUUAGGGAAGACUAAGGUUUUUCAGAUGAAGACAAGAUUUUUUCAGAGAAAGACUAUUGUUUUUCAGAUCAAGCUAGGGCUUUUCAAAUAAAGGCUAGGUAUUUUUCAGAUUAAGACCAUGUAUUGUUCAUUGUUAAUAUAAGCGCUAUCCACAAGUUACUUAAAAUUUCAUGAAAAGUUGCCUAUAGAAUAUAAAGACGUUGCUUAAAAGUUGCCUGUUUUGGAAUAAACUCUUGCUCGAUUACUUUAAAACUUUUCAUAGAAUGGAUUUUCAAAAAAAGCAAACAAAUUGUUUAAAGCAUAAUAUUAUUAAAACAUAAUAUUUAAAUAUGUAAGAAUGCAUCAACAUCAGACUCGUACAAAAUUUAUUUAUUCAAAAACAAACUGUGUCAUAAGCAUACAACUGCUUUACAUUACAGAUGCAUCUACUGCUUCCUCCAAAACAGCUUGCUGUUCAUUUAAAAUGCGCUUUUCGUGCCCUUGAAAAGCUUUCUCAGCUGGUGUAGAAUUUUAUCGCACAACCCGUAUUUUCUUUACUGCGCUUUUCCAUCUAUCAAGAAUGCUUGUAUCUCUUUCCCACCAUUUCAGCUUUUCAUCCUUAGCUUGAAUUUAUGUACCCUAGACCGAAGCUAGGUUGACAGGAAGAUCUUCAGCAGUUCCAGCAAUAAUAUUAUUACCAUCAUCAUCCAUAAAUGGGAAAUUUCGAAAGGGGGCCUAUAAUAGGGGGACCAAAAGCCGCAAAACCGUGCCGCAAUCCACAAUGAAAUUCAGUGCGAAGACGCGGCUGCGAUAGCAAAAGAGGCCCUAUAAGGGGAGAUGGGAUUGUUUCAUAUUUCAAAAUUAACAAAGCAAAGUACUUCGAAAUUGUCGAGUGUUCCAUUCUGCCUUCAGGUGUCACGAAAAGUUGGACCGACUCACAUACAAAAUUGACCGAGUCUUAAAAACCAAUCUUUGCAGCUACGAAUAUUGAAAAUGUAUAAAGAAUAGGUGCAGAACACAUCAAAUGGAUUUCGUAGUUGGGUAAAAAUAUAGAAUUCAUUCUCUUUGAACUGUGGAAUCAUUUGGUACUUUAAAGAGGAAUCCAAGGACACUGGAUGAAAUAUCUAUCUCUGUUUUGCUCAACUUAUAUUUUGGGAACAACUAAAAAAGAAACUCGAAAAACAUACGUGUACCAAAACUGAUAGUCUUUAAGUCUUUUGCGUGGAGGGUACAACCUGAAGGGGCUAGUUUUCUACACAUGCCUGGAAGAUACAAUUAACUUGGAGGAUUUUUGAACUUUGAGUUUAAGAACAUCUUCUUUGGCUCUACUAGCCACCAAGGCCCUUAAAACCAGUAAAUUCAGUUGUUUAAUGGAUUUUUCAUAUUACAGUCAUACUGUUAAUUCUAGUCACUAUAUUUCUAGUCUUAGGUGCAUUCAAUAGAAAGAAAUAAUGCUAAAAUAAUGUUAAUGCGAAGCUAAACCUUGGGAACCUUCUGGCAGAAGACGGGAAGUCAUGUCCACGUUACAAGCUUUUUUGAUGGUAUCAUCAGAUUUGAAAAAUUCGAAUGUUGCAAUUUUGCUGACCGUGCAUUGUUCAUGCUUCCAGUUAAGCGACUUCUGGUCAAUUACCAGAAUGUUUGCAAGGCUUAAAAUGAUCAGUGGCCUUUAUUUUUAUGAUUUAAACUUCCAUCGAGUUUGAAAAAAAAACAGUUGGAGUGGACCAAAUUCCCUUUUGCGGUUGCGUAUUUGUGGCUUUUCAUAAUAUUGCCUUAUUAUUUUAUCUUUUUGCGUAAAUUAUAAUUCUUUUUAGCAUUACUUCUUGGCGCCAUACUAAAAUUCAGAUAUGGUCAGAAACAACAUUUUCAAGAUAAGAAUAACAUUUCGGUGAACAUGUUAGCUCUAGAUAAAAAAAUUGAAGAAUGAACAACAUUUUUCUGAAUAUUAUUAUCAGCAAGUCAAAUCUUAAAUGGCUUACAAAAAAGUGGUUUAGUGGUCUUAGGAAGAAUUCCUAAUAAGUAUAUGUGGAACAAGCAAUAGAUAAAAACAUGUUUAUGAUAUUAUUUGAUGUUCUCGUCUAUUUCGAUGAGAUAAUAUAAGCCAAAAGUAUUUGCGGUAUAUUUUAUGCUAUUGGUAUUUUUCCUAUACGUAAAGUAUGAAAAGCCUUUUAAACCCCUAGAAAGAUUGAAAAGAUUAAAGAACAACCCAGGUGUAAUAGGGUUGGUAUCUUAACAGGUCUACAGAUCAAUAGUCACUUGAGUCAAUGCUUGAGAUCAAUAGUCUCGAUGCUUGAGAUAAAAUAUCUUCAAAUAUUCGUAAUUACAAACGUGCAUCUUUUUCCUCUCUAUGUUAUGGCCCCGGGGUAGACAGAGUUAAUGCUCCCCGGGGUAUCGUCUUUGUAGUGUAUGUAAAGUAGCGUGUAGUUAAGGUAUUACAGUAACUUGUUGGGUAACUUCUUAGAAUGUAUAAAAAGUCAAUGCUGUUAUCAAGUAUAUAAUUCUCACACAACAUUUUAAGAGGUAUUCAGUUAUUUUGUUGUUUCAUAUUUCAUACUGGGAACCAAAGUUAUUUCAUAUUUCAAGACUUAAAACUCUAAAUAUUUAUAUUUGCAUUCCGAAGAUCUCAAUUAUUUCAUAUUUCAAACACCUCUUAAAGGGCCUCAAAAUUGUUAUCUUCAUUGGAGGAAAUUAUUGGUAUCAGGGGGCUAAGGCUUUCGCGUAGGAAAAUUCGGGCUUUCGGUGGAUAUUUGACAAAUGUUCAAUGUGGCGUAAAGGGAAGCCCAUCCAAAAUGUUGUCUUGUCGGAAGAUCGUAGGCCUGAGCACAGCCAAAUGGUCGAACAGGGAAUGAGUGUAUCUCAAAAAAGUAGCUGCCGUCUGAAAUAUGUGUUUUCUUAGUAAAUUACUUUAAGUGAGUUGAAAAGAAUCAGUUAUGUUACUGGUAUAUGGGACGUUGUGGUAGUCGAAUAUUUAAUCAUUUAGCGGGUAGGCAACUCUAAUUCUCCUUGGCUGAAAAAAAAAACUUUUGUAAAAAAAAUUUCUAUUCUCAGGUUUCACUAGCCCAUAAGACGAUAAAAACAAAGCAAAAAACAAAAAAUUGCUCAAGCAACCUUCCAACCCAAACCAAAUUUCAACCGAAAAAGGAUGAAGGACAGAGAGUGGAAAGCCGCAAAUAACUCAUAAAUCUAAUCUUUUCUCCAUUUAACGAGUAAAAAACUUCCCACUCAGUAUCUCAAUUCCCUUUGCUCUAACUUCAUCCCGUUUUCCCAACCACUACGUCCAUUUUCUUCCUUUGAUGAAUUCGUUGUUAAAUUAUUUCAUGUGCUGCGUUUUCCGUUUUUUGGUUCAAAACUAUAAUGUACGACAUCCCAAAACAACAUCCAGUGACAAAAUCUAUUUCGAAAUUACUCAUUUUUGCAAAAUAAAUCAACUUUUUGCGCGCGAGUAGCGACAAGCCUAUGCAUUUCAAGCGUAGGCCUGUCUCCGCUUGCCAACUUCUACGUCAUGCGGUCACGUGAUACUUUUGUAAAUUUGCGUCUACGGCCCCCUCCAAAUGAAAUUUUUGUCAGAAAACUUUGAAAUGUUCAAUCUUGACCUAUUUUCUACCGAAUUCGUCGUUAAAUGAUAGGGUAAAAUAGGUGAUGAAUUAGCCACAGAACUUGACCACCAGGGUUUCCAAUGCAGCGAUGGUUGGCUUGACCGAUUCAAAAAAAGAAGAGCAAUUACAUUUUGUAUAGUUAGUGGUGAAGCAAACUCAGUAUCCAAAGACAUUGUUGAUGAUUGGCUUUGCAACAAACUACCCAGUCUGCUGGAAGAAUAUGACCCAAAGGAUGUAUUUAAUGCAGAUGAAAUAGGACUCUUUUUUAAGCUGCUUUCUGAUAGGACCCGAGGGGUAAUUCACUCUUGCAAAUAGCGUACGAGAUUUUCCCGAAAAUAAAAGGAUUUCCUGGGACUUUCAGAUCAAACAAUAGGAUUUUCCCAAAAAGUGUACGAGAUUUUCUUGGAGUGAUUUGCCCCUCGGGACUAUAUUUUGCGAGUUGCGAGUUGCUAGUUGCGAGUUGCCAGUUGCGAGUUGCCAGUUGCCAGUUGCGAGUUGUGAGUUGUCAGUUGCGAGUUGUCAGUUGUCAGUUGCGAGUUGGUUUUUCAUCAUGUCAGUUCAUUCUUUUUACCCCAAAGUAUAACAGCUAUACCUCAUUGUGCGCAAAGAAUUUCAGUUAGUAAAAAUAUGUUGUCCUUGGACAUUAAAGCGUUUUUUGCAAAAGGACAUCCAUUGAGCCCCGACCGUCCCCUGCUCCAAGAGCUUCCCCCAGGCCACUUUCCGCGCCCACGUGCCUGU